AUGAAAAAUGUAUUCAUUUCAGGUGGCUGUAAUUCUGUUUAUAAUGGUUUAGAUGUUUGUUAAUUUGAACCAAAUUAACAUUUAAUAGCAUUCCCUUGUAGUAAUCAAGUAAACAAAUUUUUAUCUUAGAUAUUAGUUUAUGACAUUGAGAAAUUAAAAAUAAUCUAUUCUUAUUCAACUUUUAAUAAAAGAGUUAAUUACGUAAGAUUUUUAAAUGCAAAUACAUUGAUAGCUUCUGAUGGAGAAGGUAGAAUAGCAAUAUUUAACGAUUCCUAAGUUUUACAUGAAACAAAAUUAAAUGAAUCAAUAUAAUUGUUCAAAGUUAUUGAUAAAUACAUAAUUACCUUAUCAAUUGAUGGUUUGGUUACAGUGUUGGAUUAAUAAUUAAAAGAAUUAUCAAAACUUGAGUUUGGUAAUAAUGUGAUGGAGAAUAUUGAUGCAAUAUCAUUUGAUAAUUAUAUUUUUGUUGCUCUAAGUGGUGUGGACACUCAAAUUCAUUUAUACAUUUUAGAAAACAAUUAAUUAUAAUACAAAACAUCUGUGAAAGGUCAUCAAAGAAGUUUAAAUCAUUUGCAAUUUUAAUUAAAAAAUUAAGAUUAUUUAUAAUUGGCAAGUGCAUCUAAGGAUACAUAUACUAGAAUUUGGAGUAUCUAUAAAGUAAAUGAAGUUGAAGCUAAAAUAAAAUCAUUCAGAAUCGAUUAAUAAUUAUAUAGUUUCAAAUUGGAAACAAUACUUUAAGGACAUAUUGAAGAGGUUUCAUCAGUAAAUUGGUUGGAUGAGAAUACAAUUUUGAGUGGUUCAUUUGAUUACAAUGUGAUUAUUUGGAAACAAGAUAAAGAUACUGGAUUAUGGUUAAGUAUUUCAAGAUUAGGAUAGACAAGUGGGAAUAAAAAUCAGAUAUUUGGAUUGUAAACAUCAUUUAAUAAAAAAUAUAUUAUAUGUUAUACAUUGACAGGUGCAAUUUAUAUUUGGAAAUAAGAAUAAGAUAAUUGGAUAGAAUAACCUGUAAUAACAGGUCAUUAUGCAGAAGUAACAGAUCUAGAUUUUAAAGAUUAUUUAUUAACAUGUAGUAUAGAUUAAACUAGUAGAAUAUUUGCAAAAUGGAUUUAAAAUGAUACAUAUCAUGAAAUAUCUAGACCAUAAAUUCAUGGUUAUGAUUUGAAUGCUAUUAAAUAAAUUGGAAAUCAAAUUAUAAGUGGAGGAGAUGAGAAAAUAUUAAGAAUGUUUAAUCCAUCUCCUUUUACUAUUAAUUAACUUAAUUAUUUGAAUGAAUAGAAUAUUGACUCAUCUGUUUUUCUAAAUUAAAAUAUCCCUUCAUAAAUUGUUAAUUAUAAUAAUAGAUAAUUUAAUGAAUUUAAAUUAGCAACUGAAGGAAUUCAAUAGGCACUUGGAUUAAUGAAUGUAUAAAUGUAAUUUGAAGAUGAAGAAGAUGAAAAGUAAAGUAUAUUUUGAUAUUCAAUAGUGUCAAAAAUAAUGAAGAAGAAAUCAAUUUAGAAGUAAGAUAUGGGAGACCUCCAAAUGAUGCCUUACUUGCAAAGAAAUCAUUAUGGCCUGAAACUAAUAAAUUAUAUGGUCAUGGAUAUGCAAUCUAAGCAAUAGCUGUACAUUAAAAUAUUGCUGCAUCAUCCUCUGUUGCUAUUACAUCUAAAGCUGCUGAAAUAAUCAUUUGGGAUACAAAUACAUUCAAAAUUAAAUAAUAAUUACCAUGUCAUAAUUACACUGUUGUAUAAUUAGUAUUUUCUAAGAGUGGCAAAUAUUUAAUAAGUGUCAGUAAGGAUAGAUGCUUAGGAGUAUUUGUUAAAUAAGAUGAUAAUAAUUAUUAAUUAUUAUCCAAAUCAUAACCUUCUUCCAGAAUUGUAUACACUUGCUCAUUCAAUAAUGAUGAAUCUCUGAUCUUUACUGGAAGCAGAGAUAAAAAGUUUAGAAUUUAUAAUACUACUGAAGUUUCAUUACCAAUUUAAGAAAUUGAUUUCCCAGAUGAAAUAACAGCUAUAGAUUGUAUUUAAUAUAAUGAAAAAUAAAUUGUUGCAGUAGCAUAUGGUUAAGGAUAACUCGAAAUAUUUGAAUUUACAUAAACUAUGGAAUUAAAAUUAUUAUCUAGUGUAGAUAAAUAUCAUUAACAUUCUAAAACAAUUAAUAGAAUUAAAUUUAAUAAUAAUUUGCUUGCUUCCUGUAGUGAUGAUCACACAGUUAGAAUAUAUCAAAUAUGA